AGGGACACAGCCAUGUCAUGGCUGCCACGCCCACCACCCAGAUGUAUCUCUCCUCCACUCAGUCUGCGUUCACACACACCAGCAGCAACCCAAGAUGCCGUCUUUAGCCCAUUCGUUGUACGCCAUUGUUGAGUCCCGCGUUUCCGUGCUUUCGCCUCGUGCACUCGGUAGCAUCGCGCUCGUCGCCCUCGUCUUCGUCGCGCUGCUCUUUCCCCGCAGCCGUUCCGACCCGCAAUGGGCCAAUGUAGGCCACGUGUGGGGGGCCGAUUGGUCAUCGUUAAGUGCUCGUGGUAUGUGCCACGUUGACGUGGCGCAGUGCCACGCGGAGGCUACAUACUGGGCGAACGUGAAGCGGCGGAGCGAGAAGCUUGGGGGAGUGCUUCAGCCGCUGGACCUCGACACGCGCGGCACGGAGCUGUUCAUCGUGAGCCCCAUGUACCCGUGCCCCUUCGAAGAGCGCGUCGGCGAAUGGGGCGACGGCGGCAAGUGGACGUGCUUGAUACCCGGAGUACUCCAGCCCAACACCACGGUCUACAGCAUUGGCAGCCAUGGCUUGUACGACUUCGAGGAGCAGUUCGCCCAGGCGCACCCGUCCGCCAUCUUCACGUUCGACCCGUUCCUGAACCCGUUCGUGGAGUACAAGAUGCGCGCGUUGCCCUUCCUGCAGUUCCGCGCCGUGGGGCUGUCGGGGGAGGCCAGCCUGGACAAGUACAAGAGCAAGUACCCCACGAAGCUCUUUGCGACGCUGGCGCGGCUGCUGGCGCUGAUGAACCACUCGUACGUGGACGUGUUCAAGAUCGACUGCGAGGGGUGCGAGCUGGAGGUCAUCAAGGACAUGACCGCCCUGUACGGCGGCCCCCAACCAGCCAAGCUCGCCAUCCAUGGAGGCUCGCUCCCCUUCGGCCAAAUCCUCAUGGAGUUCCACAACCUGAACAAGCCAGCAAUUCUUCUUCCUGCAAUCUAUGCGCUCGAGAAUCUCGGAUACCGCAUGUUCCAUGCGGAGUUCAAUGCAAUCUGCACCAGCUGCGUGGAGAUCAGCUUCAUCCACGAAGGGCUUGUCAAGCCAUCCAAUCCUGAUAGUUGCUCGUAUUGAGGAGGAAGUUAGAUCAUAAUAAUGUUGAGCGUUAAAGCCCCAGUCUAAAAUAGCAAAGGUGUGUUACCGGUAAAUUAUAUUAUAUAUAUGAUUGUAGGCUUGGUAGGUGUUACUGGAUCCUACUGUAGAGGGUACAACCCCCCUUCUUGGUCCAACCACUUCUUUUCUCUCGAUAUUUUUUCUCCUUCCUAA